GUCUAUGAACUUCAUAAAUCCCUCCAAUAGUUUCGAAAUGCGUCCCAAACCUGGCCGAUCCUUAUCAGAAUUUCUUGCCGUCGAGCCAAUUCACGAUCAUGGUGAAACAAAUCUCUUCUUCAAAGUUUCAAUGCCGAUUCGAGUUCCAAAUGAUCCUUAAUCUGCUUGAAAUAUGCUUUCGAAUCAACAGAUUCCGAUUUCAUAUGGAUGUGAGCGACGUUAACAAAGUUUGGGAAAUUAAAGCCUUGAAGAAGAAGGCUGGAGAGAAAGAAGCAAAGGAGAUGCUGGAGAGAAUUGCCAAACAAGUCCAACCAAUUAUGUGUAGGCACAAAUGGCGAGUCAAGGUUCUUUCGGAGUUCUGCCCAAAAAAUCCAGCACUUUUAGGGGUAAAUGUGGGACGUGGAAUUCAUGUGAAGUUGAGGCUUCGAAGGCCAAAUAGGGAUGGAGAUUUCUUCCCCUUCAAUCAAGUGUUGGAUACAAUGCUACAUGAGCUUUGCCACAAUCUCCAUGGCCCUCACAAUGCCAAUUUCUACAAGCUUUGGGAUGAGCUUAGAAAGGAAUGUGAGGAGUUGAUGGCUAGGGGGAUUAGUGGUACAGCACAGGGAUUUGAUAUCCCGGGGAGACGUUUGGGUGGUAAUAUGCAUCAACCCCCUCUUUCUUCCCUCCGCAAAUCUUCCCUAGUUGCUGCAGAAGGAAGAAGACGUUUGAGAUCUCUACUUCCAUCUGGGCCUAAACGGCUUGGUGGUGAUAGCGACAUCAUGGUCGCACUAAGUCCUGUACAAGCAGCUGCAAUGGCUGCAGAAAGGAGGCUUCAGGAUGAUAUUUGGUGCGCUUCAUCUCAAGCAAUGCCUGUGGAUGAGGAUUGCUGCUCUGAUUUUCCAUCAGAAGCGGCGCUUCCCCCCCAAGCAGGUGAAUCAGGGCCGUUUAGCAAUCCAAGUCAGGGUGUGGAUGCAUUACACCAUAAAAGACGUCGUGAGUCAGAAAGGAGUUCUAUUAAGUCAUCCAAUGGUCACCUGAAACCCGAUUUUGUUGAUUUAUCCAAAGAUAAUGUAAUCCCUGGUUCCUCUGCUGGCUAUGAUGCCGAAUCAAAUAAGCGUCACAAAAUGACAUAUAGAGUUCCAUUUCCUCAAUCUUGUGCAGAAACUACCUCAAUAGAUCUUCCCUGUUCAUCCUCUAAUUUGAUGCCAAUUCAUGAUGGAACUACUCAUCCUGGAGAACUUUCCAUGUGGGAGUGUGGAAAUUGCACCUUACUGAAUCCACCACUAGCUCCAAUAUGUGAGCUCUGUUUCUCACCAAAGCCAAAAGCUGCUGAUACCAAAUACAAAUUCUGGUCAUGUAAGUUCUGCACCUUAGAAAACAGUGUGAAGUUGGAGAAAUGCUCAGCCUGUGGUCAAUGGAGAUAUUCUCAUGGCCAGCCAGUGUCGACUCGAGGACCAAAUAUUGGCACGUGAGACGCUUUUGAAAUAUGCUUGUUAAGCCAUUGUUCUCCAUUGAUGAAGUUCCUAUCCACGUAAGGUCUCACUUCCUCGGAGGUGAAAGUCCUUGCCCAUGGCACCCAACCUUUUGUGUUAGCUCCACUGCCCCUGCAUCUAUAUUGCCCAAAAACUGCUGUCCUGUGUGUGGAUAACAAUUGAAAAAUUCUAUUAGGUUAGCUUGAUUCAUGAGGUGGAGGGAUAUUUAUAAUUCUUAUGAGUGUUCGGGUCAACCUAUGCCCACCUCGGUUAAUCUCACAGGAUGUGUGUGUAUGUGUCGGGGGUCGGGGGGUUGUUAUUGUAAGUAUACUUUGCCUUUGACCUUUGUCUUAUAACAAUAUUAGCUUGAUUCAAGAGGUGGAGGGAUAUUUAUA